GCCGAGUCGGAACUCCACGACGACGUUAUUCGUCUGCGGCAAAACGUACGUGAUUUCAGGAUUCUAACCGACAUUGCUCAAGAUUUGAUACGAGAAAACGUGUCAAAUACUGUACGUGUGCAGCCACAUCCGUCGACCCUCCUCUCUCACCUCUCACGCCCGGUCGUCCUAUUCACUCGCCCCUUCUACCAGGCCAAUCAUUGGAGACAUGCAGUUUCCCCUUGAGCCCCCCACCCCUCUCUUCGUCGCUGAUGAAUCUUCUUCCGCCCCACCAUCUCCCCGCGCGGAGAGUACCACCCUCUCAAAGGACGUCUCCCUUUCCGUCAAUUAUCUACCUAACAAGUUUGCUUCUGGCUUGCUCUCUCCUACUCCUCGCAGACGUAGACCAGGGAAGGCCAAUGGUGACCAUCCCGCCAUGCACAAGAGAGGCGGCGGUAGGGAGGCCUUCAAGAGUGGUGAGGCACGUAUGCCCGCAGAAGGCGAUGAAGACUACGACGGCGUCACCGGUGGUUGGUUCGGUGGCAAAGAAGGUGGUCACACCCGUCCUCACAUGCACUGGAACAGGUUCAAAUGGGCACUCUUCAUUGCCAAUCUUGCAUUAUCUAUAUACGGCCUUGCGGGCCUAAUUUUCUGUCUUCUCACAUGGUUUGACAUCUUCGAACACGCAGACAUCAUUCGUGUAGGCAACCGAACAGAACUCGUUUUCUCCACAGCCGCUGCCGUCCUUGCCUCACUUACUUCCAUAAUCGGAUGGGCUGGCAUCCUCCUCAAUAACCGCUCUUUCCUAGCAGUUUACACUUUCACUCUCUGGCUUUGCUUUGCCCUCCUUGUCACCCCUGGCUACAUGACCUACAAACAACGUACAUUCAACCUCGAAGGCAAGCUAAAUUCCCAGUGGUCUCGCGAUCUCGGUGCAGCCGGCCGUCUCAGGAUCCAAAACAGGCUCCAUUGUUGUGGGUAUUACUCCCCCUUCGUCGAAGCUACUGUCUCCCAAAGCUGUUACGCCCGCUCCGUCCUUCCGGGGUGCAAACAGGCAUACGUCAACUUUGAGAAACAUGCCUUGGACUUCUGGUACACUAUCGCUUUCUCCCUGGUGCCGCUCCAGCUCGUAAUCAUGCUCGCGGGGCUCUUGUGCUCAAACCACGUAACCUACCGCUUCGGUAAAGGCAUGAUGCCCAAGGCCUAUAGGCUCAGCAUGGCAAGUAUGGCUGUCAUUAUGGAUAAUUAUGCCAACCAACUGGCGGAACAAUACGGCACCGAAAUCGCGUCCGAUAUCUUAGCGCGGUCUCGGCACCUUGAUUCUACGACGUACGCCUCCGGCGUUGCGAACGGGACAGGCACAACAUAUGCACUUUCUCAAGGCAGGUACGAUUCACUGGCGGUGAAGUCGCCCUACGCCGAGAGAAUAUGAACGAGCGAGCAGCGAUAGAUGGACUAGUUUCUUGCAAAAUUUCUUGCGCUGAUACACCUGCUCUGAUAUACUGUCUCAAGUUCUUGCUUUCCUAUUUACCCUGACGAUUUUAAUCAUGCAGCUGCCGAGGUGCUGGCUGCACGUUCUUGACUUACCAGUUUCGCUCAUUUCUGCUAUGCCUCGUGCGCGAUCGUUCCGGUGUACUGACGUACAUACAGCUAUUCAAUUUCAAUAGCUACUUCCAUUCUUUACAUACUAUUAACAAAUAUACCGCGUGUUUCUCGCGUUUAAGGAUGUGUAACACGAGUCGACCAACCAGUCGUUUCAACAAG